UUAUUUUACUUUUCUUCUUAAUUUCUCUUCAUUCAUCAAAUUUUGCUGCAAAUUUUUCUUUUUUUUAUUUUGGGUUUUGAAGUUUUGAAAUUUAGUUGAUAGACAAAGAAUAUUAGAGCUGUGAUGAUCAAAAUUCCUCACAUUGAGUUAGAUCUAUGAAAAUCUCUCCCCACAACUCUGUAGGGACCCCUCCCUCCAAGCCACGUGGCAUGCAUCUUACAGUGACACGUGGCACGCAUUGUCAUCCGAGUCUUCCCAUAAAACACACAUGGCACGCUUUUCCAGACUGCCUCAAGGAAGAUCAAACGACACUUAUAAACAUAUCAUCCGGACGGCUUACACAAUACAUCCGGAUGAUCAACAUAUUCCAUCCGGAUACAAUGGUCCGGAUCAUUGACUGAAGUAAGCAAGUCUCACACGUUACCACUACAGCCUGUCAUGGCCCACGUUCCGCCGCCUGCAGGGUGAGAGGACAAGAUGAAGUGACAACAAGUCACUUCCUAGGAUCAUUCCACAUGAUCACUUCCCACGAUCUCUGACAGCCGCAUCACCUGCCACGAUCCCUGUCAACCGUCCGUAGGGUGAUGAUGGCCACGCUACCACCUAAUGUCAUCAUGACAACAUAAAAUAUCUCCCCACCAUUAAUGAGAGGAACAGUACUCUUGGCACUAUAUAUAAACCUUCACACGAAGAGGAAGGUAACGACCUGGUACCUGGUAAAAGGCCAACUGAUUUAUACCUCCCUCUCUAACCAUGGCUAACAAAACCAUCGGAGAGUGCGUCCGGACAUCCUGUCCGGAUGUCUUUUGCAGGUACAUCGACUGAAUCAAGAACCUAUAUUGGUUGAGGUCGCGCGUCCAUCCAUUUGGCAACUACGUGGAGCACCAGGAGCGCGAGGUAUCAACAAACUCUUGCUGCUUCAGUUUCUCAUCAGCUUGGAUGGAGGGACGAAAAUGGGAGCACUUGAACAUGGACUGUUUGGUGAAUGUGUUUCAAAGAGUGGGAAUGGAGUCAUUGUUAUUGGAUAUUCCCUUUGUAUGCAAGUCAUGGCAUAAAGCAAGCCGCGAUCCUCAAUGCUGGGAGUAUCUUAUUUUUCCUGAGUACACAUCAAACCUUAUGAUAUUUGGGAGGAAGACAGCCCUGACAAGCCCUUUGUGGAAAGGUUAGCAAUGGAAUACGGAGCAAACUUGUCUAUCACUGCAUUCGUGAAGUUCAUAGUUAACCGCAGCUGUGGAUGCGCUACAAUCAUCAAGUUCCCAAGCCUCUGCGACAAGGAGACAUUGGAGUAUGUUGCAAACGAAUGGAGGAACGAAAAUGGGACGAGCUAAACAUGGACUGUCUGGCGAAUGUGUUUCAGAAAGUGGGAAUGUUGUCAUUGUUGUUUGAUGUUCCCUUUGUGUGCAAGUCAUGGUAUAAAGCAAGCCUCAAUCCUAUGUGCUGGCAACAUCUUGUUUUUCCUGACAUCAACCCGAGUGAUAUGGGCAGGCAGAUCCCAGUAAGGUUACUGAUACAAUCAACUUCAGUGGUAAAGUUAGUAGUCAAUCGUAGCAGUGGAUGUGCUACUACUCUUGCGCUGCCGAAACACUGCAGUGAGAAGGCACUGGAGUAUGCUGCUAAGAAGUGUCCUGCCUUGAAAAUUCUAGUUCUGCAUGAUUUUAUGCCUCAUGAGUCAUCAAUCCUUAUUCCAAAACUGAUAAGCAAGUGGAAAAAUCUUGAAGUAUUGUCACUCAGGUGGAGCUAUAAUAUGGCAGACAUCAUACCCCAAAUUGGUUUUCAUUGCAAGAAGUUUGUUCAGCUAAAUGCUCCAAACUCCAUCAUUGGGAAAGAUGAAUCGUCGGCCAUGGUGACCUUUGUGCCAAACAUUAGACACUUGUUUCUAAAGGGAUCAGGCAUUAAGCAGGAGAAUCUAGUGAUAAUAUUGCAGGGCUGCAAAGAGCUUGUGAGUUUAGACGUCAGUGACUGCAUUGGUUUUAAGGAUGAUGAUGCUGAGAUAUUGCAACUUGCUUCACAUAUUCCUGCAUUCGUUUGUGAAGGUUCAAGGAUUUUAAUUCCUCAGUUGACAGACUAAGCAAUAUUGAUCUAUUUUCUUUUUCUCAAAUUUUUCAAUAUUCAAACAUAGGAUUAAUAAAUAUUUUUUAUCCCUCA